GAGGUCGCCCGGUGGAGGUCGCCCGGGCGGCGGAGGCCGCAGCGCGCGGCGCUUCCCGGUGAGGGAGGAGACAGCCCCGGCCCUCUGCCCCGAGGGGCCGGCGGGGUCGCCCCGCGCCUCGGCAGGCCCCGUCCCUCCGGAAAGUUUUCCCCGACCUGUUCGCUGCCGACCCCGGCGGGAGCCGCUGGCCGAGGCGGCGGGGGCGGCCGUGCCCCGUUGCCAGCGCCGGGCUGGCCCGCCCGCUGCGCCGCGCCCCGCCCGCGGCCGUGCCGGAGCUGCGGCCGGCCCGGGGGACACGCAUACCCGCGCGCACCGGGAGCCUGACAAGGAAUUUAAAACUUGUUCCAGGAAUACGGAACACUUUAUAUUCAGGAAUACAAGAAAAACAGCAAAGUGGAGUCAAGUGCAUGCAGCAGCUUCAUGGGCUUGAAGGAUCAUCUGGGGCAUGACUUAGGCCACCUUUAUGUGGGGAGCACUGGCACACAAAUAAAUGCAAUUGUACCUUGGUCGAUGGCGGAGAAGCCAACGAUGGAUAAGGUUAAUUCUAGGAAAGAAGACAGAGAAAAGGAGACAUCUGAAGAGACUUCUGGAAGCUCCAGCUGUGACUCCGAAGAAAGCACAAAUUCUGAUAAUGAUUCAGAGAGACUGAAUAAUUCUGCAUCGGAGUCACAUUUAUUGCCUAAGACUCAUCGACAGCUGUGCCGAUCUCCUUGCUUAGAGCCUCAUAUACUAAAAAGAAAUGAAAUCUUGCAAGACCUUAGGAUAGAAGAGGCUCAGAUAGUACCUAAGGAAGUCAAAAAGCCUCCUGAUGUGGUGAAAGAAUAUCAAACCAAACUGGAGUUUGCACUUAAGUUGGGUUACUCUGAAGAGCAGGUUCAGCUUGUACUAAAUAAACUUGGUACUGAUGCUUUAAUAAAUGAUAUUUUGGGAGAACUUGUCAAACUUGGGAAUAAAACUGAGACUGAUCAGACUGUAACUAAUGCUAACACUAGUGUAAUGCGUGAAGCGUCUUCCAUAGAGUCUCAGAGGUCAGAGUCUCCACUGCAGGAGGAUGUGACAGAGGAUGGAGACAACCUGAGGCCAAUAGUUAUUGAUGGCAGCAAUGUUGCAAUGAGCCAUGGGAACAAAGAAGUAUUUUCUUGUCGAGGAAUCAAAUUGGCAGUAGAUUGGUUUUUGGAAAGAGGCCACAAGGAUGUUACUGUGUUUGUGCCAGCAUGGAGGAAAGAACAGUCGAGACCAGAUGCUCUUAUAACAGAUCAAGAAAUCUUACGUAAAUUAGAGAAGGAGAAGAUUCUUGUGUUCACACCGUCCCGGCGCGUGCAAGGGAGAAGGGUGGUGUGCUACGAUGACCGAUUUAUAGUGAAGUUGGCCUUCGAGUCAGAUGGCAUCAUUGUCUCUAACGAUAACUACAGGGAUCUAGCUAAUGAAAAGCCAGAAUGGAAGAAGUUCAUAGAUGAACGCUUGUUAAUGUAUUCUUUUGUUAAUGACAAAUUUAUGCCUCCUGAUGAUCCUCUUGGCCGCCAUGGUCCAAGUCUGGACAAUUUUCUUAGGAAGAAGCCUAUUGUGCCGGAACAUAAGAAGCAACCCUGUCCAUAUGGGAAGAAAUGUACCUAUGGACACAAAUGCAAAUACUAUCAUCCAGAAAGAGGAAAUCAGCCUCAGCGAUCCGUAGCUGAUGAGCUUCGUGCCAUGUCUAGAAGCACAGCUGCCAAAACUACAAGUGAAGGAGGACUGGUAAAAAGCAAUAGCGUUCCCUGUAGCACUAAAAGCGAUGGCACUUCAGAACUGAAGCGUGCUGCUCCAAAGAGGCAAUCGGAUCCUAGUAUAAGGACUCAAGUCUAUCAAGACUUGGAGGAAAAGCUUCCCACCAAAAACAAAUUGGAAACCAGGUCUGUACCUUCUUUAGUUAGCAUACCAAGUUCCUCUGCUGGAAAACCCCAAAGUACUGCACCUUUAACUAACGGCCUUCCAUCCGGAGUUCACUUCCCACCUCAGGAUCAAAGACCACAGGGACAGUAUCCUACAGUGAUGAUGGCAACCAAAAAUCUUGGAACACCAAUGCCUUAUGACCAGUAUCCAAAAUGUGAGUCUCCGGUGGAUGUAGGGUAUUACUCUAUGCUGAGUGCGUAUUCAAAUCUCAGCAUAUCUGGACCGCGUAGUCCUGAGAGGCGCUUCUCCUUGGACACAGAUUAUCGGAUAAGCUCUGUAGCUUCCGACUGCAGCAGCGAGGGGAGCGUCAGCUGUGGCAGCAGCGACUCCUACGUGGGUUACAGCGACCGCUCUUACAUGAGUUCGCCUGACCCACAGCUGGAGGAGAACUUGAAGUGCCAGCACAUGCACCCCCACGGCCGCCUUAACGCUCAGCCCUUCCUGCAGAGCUACCACGAGCCCCUCCCUCGAGUGCAGAGCUAUAGUCACGAAGAACCAAAGCAUCACCACAAAUCUCCCAUUCCGUAUAUGGCUGUGCAUCUGCAGCAUCCAGCAGUCGGUGCUCGUUCCAGUUGUCCGAACGACUACUCCGCACCUCAGAGCUCGUCUCAUUCGAAGGCACUGCAUCUGGGGAGAGCCCUGGUGUCCACGAGAAUAGACAGCGUUUCAGACUCGCGCUUGUACGAAAACUCGCCGUUAAGACACAGGAAGCCUUACUCUGGCCAGGAAGGGCUGGGAGGUUGGGAUAGGCAGAGUUACGGGAUGGAUGCCUACGGCUACCGCCAGACCUACUCCCUGCCCAGCAACCCCACGCAGCCGUGCUACGAGCAGUUCGCCUUCCAAAGCCUUCCCGAGCAGCAGGACCAGCCCUGGCGCGUACCUUACUGUGGAAUCCCGCAAGACCCCCCAAGGCUCCAAGACACCCGGGAGAAGGUUUACAUUAAUCUCUGCAACAUCUUCCCCCCCGAUCUCGUGAGGAUGGUGAUGAAGAAGAACCCUCACGUGAUGGACGCUCAGCAGCUCGCUGCUGCCAUCUUAGUGGAGAAAUCUCAGCUAGGUUAUUGAGAGAUGACGCAUCUUUGUGGUGUCUCGUAGUUUUCAGCUCAGCUCUAAGGCUGAGGGAGGUUUGCUACAAUAGCAUUUGGGAUCUCCUUCUCAGCAGGGAGGUUAUAUAGUAAUCCGUUUGUGUGAAAUACUGUAUCAUGGAGUCUGUAUGUAUAGCCCCAUGCAUUGGAAGUACCAGAUAAGUUUUGUGUUCUAGUUUGAAAUUUUUUAAAUGACUAUUUUCACAUCUGGAGGAUGUUCCAGUUUAAAUUAAUAUAUAUAUAUAUAUAUAUUAAAAAAAAUCUGUGGUCUCUGGUUAUAAUCUUUGGUGCAUCAGGGGUUUAUAUGCAGCACUUUCUUAUCAUUGUUACAUUUUGUUGGGAUUUUUGGUUUCGUUUUUUAACUUGCUGGAUGCUUAUCCUUGGGCUGUGAGAUAUUAACCUGCAGAAUGAGGAUUUUGCUACUUCUGGCAGGCAAUUUUCAAGCCAAUUUUCAAGCCAAGUUUCUGAACUUUUUAAACCGCCACGAGUAUGUCUCUUGUAUGUUUGUUUGUUUUUGUGAGCUUUUUUGUGCUGUAAUCACCUGUUUGUAGAAAACAAAGAUUUCCUACAGCACUGACUUCAUUUUUUGAAACAAAUAAUUAAGUUACCAGUUAACAGUGAAAUGGGUAACAAUAUAUUGGUAAUUUAUAGUAUGGCACUUUUCGUUGCUUUCUUUGUUUUGCUUAAAUAGUUACACAUUUUUGUUGAUGAAGUCAAUUAGUAAGAUCAGAUGCAAACAGAGGAGGAAAAGAUUUUUUUUUUUGUACUUAUUUAUGGAUAUGUUAAAAGCCUUAUUGCCUGAUUUUCAGAGGUACUGAGAAUUUGCAGCCCCCUUGGAAGCUAAGGGAAACUGCAAAUGCUCAGAGCCACCCCAAGCCAGGCCGCCCUGUUUCAGUUCCCGUGUGUUGUUGCCCUGCUCUGUGUAUCUCUGGUCAGUAGAUGGGGACCUGAAAUCACAGGGCCCUGUUUAGUUGUUUUAUAUGUUUUUCCUUUGUAUUGCUGCACAACUGUACUGGAUAAAAUAUGCUUUUCAUAAAGUAUUUACCUGUUUUUAAAUGAAUUUAAUUAUCUCAAUGCAAGUUUUGUAUUUAAGAUACUGUUUGAUUUUUCUUGCUAUUUAUCAAGGCUGGCCUGAAAAGGUUUUGUGUGUUCAGGAUAUGCAACAUUUAUUAUCUGCACUAUGGUAAUGAUAUUGUAGCUCAAAAUAAUAACUUAAACUUUUUUUUUUUCUUUUUUGGCUGGAGAGGGGAGGGGUAUGGGGAGAGAAGAUACCAUAUGUGUUCCUGGAGUUAGUUUUUCGCUUUUUGCAUUGUGUAGGCCUGAUUCUUGCCACAAAUAGUGUAGUUUUAGAAACAGACUUAGACGAGCCAAGUCUGUUUUAGCAUUAGUAAGGGACAUUUCUGGUUUAAAGUCAUGGGUUUUACUAGCACCUCUUAAGCUUUUAUAUAUAUAUAUAUAUAUAUAUAUAUAUAUAUAUAUAUAUAUAUAUAUAUAUAUAUAUAUAUAUGAAAAAUAGAAAUAGUUUUUGCAAUUGAUGUCAGAUGUACUUCCAUGACAUGAUCAGUUGCCGACAGUUUUAGGUUUCCAUCCAUUGCAAUGAUGUUCAGUGUUAAAAAAAUGUCACUCGUUUACACUAUUACAGCUGAUAAUUUUGGUACACUUGCUGGAGUUUUAAGUAAGGCCCUGAAGAACCAGAAAGUACCUUUUACUGUUGAUACAAAUUGUAUCUUUUUAACUGAGAACUAUUUUGAUUUGUAGAUUAGAAAUACAAAUGUAAAAUUAUAACUAGUGUUUUGGGCAACAUUUUAUCCCUUAUUUAAAAAUUAGAGAUUUCAGACAUAGAAUAGAUCUAGGCAAGUAAAAGUAGGUAUUUAUUUAGGUGUCUGUCUCAAUUUCACAUACUAAAAUAAAAAAAAUAGACUAUUGGCAUCUUCUUCCUUCUAAAAUCUUUGUAGUGGGAACUCACUAAAAUAAAGGUAAAAUGCUGCCUGAAAAUGAUGUCCAAGCACCUUUGAAUACGAAGACAUUUUCACUACUUGUGUGACACCAUGUGUUGCAGCAAGUAGGGUUUGGGUAUACAGUAAAUGCUUCUAAAGAGCAUUGUGCUAUAGACAUAUCCAAUAAUCUGAACCAUGUUCAGCAAACCAAUUCAGGACGUGGUGCUCCUGCAGCUUCCACUGCUGGAGCGCUGCAGGUUCUGCCAUUGCCUGUCCCCGUGGCAAGGCCAGAGGGGAUCUACACCAUCUGUCCUGCGUUGUCUGUUCAGGGAGAAGACCUCUUCACCUGUGGCAACAGUUUUUCCCUGGAUUUGGUUGGUCGCCAUCCGUAGAGCAUGUUUUAAUGUAGAGAUUGAUGCAGCACUGACGCUGAGGUUUGGACUGGGAAAUGGGUCUCAUCUUAGUUGUAUGCUAAGAUUUGGUUAAACUGAAUUACACUGAAGUACUACACCAUAGUGUAGGUGCAGCUGUUUUAAUAAUGCAGUUAUUGUGUUUGUGGUUUUAAUGGGUUUCUAUGUUUAUUUUUUAUGUAGGUAUUGACUUCUGCCAAAAGUUCAAUUCCUUUAAGCCUGAACUGAAAUGUGCAUAUGUAAUAGAAGUGUUUUGUGUUUUUUCCUGUGGUGUGGGCACCAGGAUGCUCCUGCCACGCGCAUGUCACAGUCUGGCCUAGAGCAGGGGCUCAGCAGGCUUAGCCACUGGGAUAUCUGUGUGAGGAGCUGCACGGCCCAGGCCUGAGUUAUCAGUGUCCAUUGCCUCUGCACACAGCCAGGGCAGAAUUGAAUCCUCAAAGGGUGGUGAUCGCUAGGGAGUUCUUGUGAUAGGUUCUGUGCUUUGCACCCAAGCACUGAAAAUGCUUUAAAAAUACAAGAGCGGGAGUAAUUUGGUGGAUUUUAACGUUGUGCAAUGAUGUGCUAGUUCCCCUUAGACUCGCUUAUGUUGGGUAAAGGAAAUUUGCUGUGGACAAAAUGUUUGCCUUGAUACUUCCUUUUGUUUUGCUGUGGUAACAGAUGGAGGAAUUGUGUGUGAACAUCUCCACGAUGAGAUCAGUCUGUACAUUUAAUAACUUCUACAGAGUACACCAGUAACAAACAUGGAUGCAGUGAUACUGUUCAAAUACUACCUUUGUCUGUGUAAUUGCAUUGAUGCAAAUAACUGAGCUGUAACCUCCCAUGAUCCUUAAACAGCAGAGGUAAUUCAGUGAUACUGUCUUGGCCCCAGCUGAGUGCCAGACAUGCAAUGAAGGAUUUAGUACCCUCAAGUUAGAGCUGUCCCUCAGCUAAGAAGAGGGCAAAACUUCCCUUUGUCUUCAGUACUUGAGAGUUGUUUUUAUACUAAGCGGAAACUCUGUAUUUUUAGAUAAAAUCCCAAGCUGUUAUAACUGCAUCAGUAACAGUAUAUAGAUACACAGUAUUUUUAAUGCACAUACAUUAGGCAUCUCCCCACAACUGUUUUCAAUACAACAACAUGUUGCAAAUAUUUAAGAGUUUUUAAGUAUGUCCUGUAGAUAACUAACUUUGAGCUAAAUAUACCCAGGCUAUGACAGUAUUAAUCACUUUGUUGUUUUUUACUUUUUCAAAUAUGUGUAAUAUAUAUAUA